AAAACGGUUUAGACAAGGUACAACUUAACUAGAUAGAGAUGCGCUAUUUGAUGGUACUCGUCCUGUUUGCUUUUUUGGCCAUGGCCUUUGUGAAUGCAAUCCCUAAUCCGAACCCGAAAGGAGAAGUGCUUGUCGUAAUCAACCAAAACCGCCCAGAUUGGCCAACAACAGAAUGGACAACAGCGGCUGGCUAAAGAACCGUGUAUAUCUAUAUUACAAAAACAUGCGUCAUUAAGUUCCAAUGACAAUCUGAAUAAAUAAAAUUGAUUCUAUCAAAAAA